GCCUCCGUCAGGGCGGGCGGGGACUGGAGGAGGCAGCCCGGCUACAAAAGGGCCGCCCGGGCGCCGCCCGCUCCUGCUCGGCCGGCCGGCGCUCGGAGUCUGCAGCCCCGCCCGCUUCUUGUCAAGAUGUCGACUGUCCAUGAAAUCUUAAGCAAGCUCACCCUGGAGGGAGAUCACUCCCUGCCCCCCAGCGCCUACGCGACCGUCAAAGCCUAUGGAAACUUUGAUGCAGAUCGCGAUGCUUUGACCCUCGAAACCGCCAUCAAGACGAAAGGUGUGGAUGAAGUGACCAUUGUCAACCUUUUGACAAACCGCAGCAAUGAUCAGCGGCAGGACAUCGCUUUCGCCUACCAGAGGAGAACAAAGAAGGAACUGGCUGUUGCUUUGAAAUCUGCCCUCUCCGGCCACUUGGAGGCAGUCAUCCUGGGCCUCUUGAAGACGCCGGCGCAGUACGAUGCUUCUGAGCUGAAGGGGGCCAUGAAGGGCCUGGGGACCGACGAAGAUACUGUCAUAGAGGUCAUCUGCUCACGGACAAACCAGGAACUUGCCAUCAUCAACAAAGUCUACAAGGAGGUGUAUAAGACUGAACUGGAAAAAGACAUCAUCUCUGAUACGUCUGGGGAUUUCCGGAAGCUGAUGGUCGCCCUGGCCAAGGGGAGGAGAAACGAAGACUGUUCUGUGGUGGACUACGAGCUCAUUGACCAAGACGCCCGGGACCUUUAUGAUGCCGGCGUGAAGCGGAAGGGCACGGAUGUUCCCAAGUGGAUCAAUGUUAUGACUGAAAGGAGCAUUCCCCAUCUCCAGAAAGUGUUUGAAAGGUACAAGAGCUACAGCCCUUACGAUAUGUUGGAGAGCAUCAGGAAGGAGGUGAAAGGUGAUCUUGAAAACGCCUUCCUUAAUCUCGUCCAGUGUAUUCAGAACAAGCAGCUGUACUUUGCUGAUCGGCUGUAUGAUUCCAUGAAGGGCAAAGGAACCCGCGACAAAGUCUUGAUCCGAAUCAUGGUUUCUCGAGCUGAGGUUGACAUGUUGAAAAUUAAGAGUGAAUUCAAGAGGAAAUACGGAAAAUCCCUCUAUUACUUUAUCCAGCAAGACACAAAGGGGGAUUACCAGCGGGCGCUCCUGAAUCUGUGUGGGGGAGAAGAUUGAGCCUGGGAUGAGAAUUAAAGGAAAAACCCAACCAAACAUUCCUGGCUGGAAAUGUGCUCCCCCCCUGCUUCGCCCCGCUUCUUCUUCCUCUGUCUCUGCAGGACUAGAUUCACUGACACAGUAGCCGGCUAAUCCAGCUUCCGCAUUCUCUGUAAGCAAGGCCAACCGCCUGGGUCGCUUUCCGUGUUGCCCCCUCCCUGCUUAGCUCUUGCCCAAGUCGCUAGCCCUGCGGAAGUCUCCCGGCUGAAGCAGUUAACAUUCCAAAGAGAGGGAAGUGGAUUGGACGGACACCACCACCGACACGUGUUGUGAAAGAUCCUGCCUCCGAUGGGGUCCUGCCGGAAGGACAAAUAAAAAUAAUGAGAUUUUUACUUUGAA